AUGAACGACGAUGAAUGCGAUCGUUUACGGAGUCUGCUUCGACUUUCCAAAGAACCAGGCAUUCCUGAUGGGGGACAGGACGCCGGAGUGCUGAUUCUUCUCGAUGGAACGCCAGACGACUAUCAAGUGUUUCUUUGUAUUCGAUCAGACGAGAUGAGAAGGCAUCCAGGAGAGGUGUGUUUCCCGGGUGGAAUGCGUGACGCUGAUGAGAAUCUACAGGAGACUGCUAUCCGAGAAGCAGAAGAGAUGCAAAACGGCUUCGAAUGCCAGUUUAGACGACGGAACAAACUGCUUUCGAACGAGUCUCACAACAGAUCACUUGGUGGCAGUCCUCGCUAA